UUUUGAGUCAUGCCAGAUUUCUGCUUGUUUUCAUGACGUGGGUUUCUUUGCUAAAUCUUGGCUGUUAAUUGUGAUGGUAUUGAUCAAUUAAUUAUGGUUAAUCGGUCUGUUAGGCGGUGUCUUACUUUAUACUUGCUGGUCUUAAUUAGUGUUUGUGUUUGGCUUAUUUAUUAUUGUGGCCUAAAAGUUUCUCAAUUCAUUCAUAGAUUUGUUUGGGGAAUAGAAAAAUUGGUGGGUCAUGUUGUAAUUGAGUCAAUAUUAGCUCAAUCAGAAGUGUGUGUUGAUCUUGCAUUUAACAGCUGUAGUUACCCACCUGGUGUUUUCAGUUUCUUGUACCAAUUUGCUUUUGGAUGGAUGCAAUUUCUUUUGUUUUUUAAGUAGUUCGACUCGUGCAAUUUGCUAGUUUUUUUUUUUUUUUUCUAUUUAGAAAUGGUUCUUUUUAGCUGUUGGUGUCAAUGGUCCAUAUCUCACCCACUACCUUGCUGAAGUUAUGUGUAUAGGCAUCGAUUGAUUUUAAGUGCUACAGAGUUGUCGUAACUGAAAGCGACAUUCUAAUUUUUAUAGAUCUUUGUUUGUUGAGUUUUGAUUGAAUUUUCAAUAAUAUCAUGCUUUUAUAAUUUGAUGAGAAAACACCCAUGUCUAUUAUUAAUCCUCACCAUUACUUUUUUUCUGUCCUUCCUGUUUGGUCCUAGUACGAAUCUUCUGUGUAUUUGGCAUCGAACAAAAACAAAGCCUAACCAAUACUAAUGCUUUUAAAAACCUCUCAUUUAGGAUAUUAAACUCCAAGAACACCGGCAAAUAUAUAAGCCAGUGUGGCUGAUAACAUAAUUAAGGACAAAAGCUCUCCGUUUUCUUUGUUGUUGUGUUUCUGAGCUUUCAUUUCAUAUUUUUGACUGCGCGACAAUGAAAGUUACGAAAGGAAAGCACCCUGAGCCCUUUUGGCCUUCCAUUGUGAUGAAGAAAUGGCUAAAUAUCAAACCCAAGGUGUAUGAUUUUAGUGAAGAUGAAGUUGACACGGAAACUGAGACUUGCUCACUUAAAGAUGAAAGAAUGCAUGUGGGUGAUGAUCAUAUCCGCAGAAUACAAGGGAAAUUAUCUGUUUGCACAAGUCAAACUUCAGGGGCACCUUCUUUAACGAGCCAUACAUCCAGACACAGGAGAGGAAAAUCAGAAACGCUGCGUCUUCAGUAUAUUAAUACAAAGGAUGUGAGGGUGACAAUAGGCACUUGGAAUGUUGCUGGAAGACGUCCAUAUGAUAAUCUUGACAUUGAUGAGUGGCUUUGUAUGAAGGAACCAGCAGAUAUUUAUAUUCUUGGUUUCCAAGAGGUGGUACCCUUGAAUGCCGGAAACGUUCUGGGAGCGGAAACUAGAAGGCCAAUUCCAAAAUGGGAAUCAAUUAUCCGUAGGACACUGAACCGAUCUAUGGAACCCAAGACCACACACAAAAGUUGCAGUGCUCCACCUUCUCCCGUAUUAAGGACUUCUUCAGCUGCUGAUAUUCUUGCAGAUGAGAUUGAUGAUCCUGCAUUCGAGAUGUUGGGUGAAGGGGCUAUAGGCACCACUAAUAUCAGUGAUUUGAACAUUUGUAAACUGAAUGACAUUGUGGGUAUGGGGAAGAAACUCCAGUUCAAGAGAAUAUAUGGCAUUGAUAGUGAUGGUAGAUUGGACUGGCCUGAACAAUCCUUGGACACGACACCUCAAGUUCUUUCUUCCAUGUGUAGACUACGGAGAGUAUUCAGCAGUUCUGCAAGAGUAGGCUCUGAUUGGAUGGAGAAUCCUCUAGUACUCAGUCCUCAAGAAAUUGAGUCCACUGGAUUGAAAAGAUCACAUCGUAGCUCUGGAAACCUUGGAUUGAUAUGGAUGCAUCAAGUAGAGAGACGUGAUAAUCUUGAUUCUCUUUCUGAUGUCUCUGACCAGUUUUCCUCCAACCGAUUUUCCUCUGACCAAUUCUCUGAAGAGGAAGAUGAUUCCCUUCUAGAAGUAUCUGAGGUGCUACAUGGAAAUGGACUACCAAAAGACAAAGUGAAAUCGCGUCCUAAGUAUGUCCGGAUUGUCAGCAAGCAGAUGGUAGGGAUAUAUGUAUCUGUCUGGGUACGCAGAAGGUUGAGGAGACAUAUAAACAAUGUGAAAGUCUCUCCUGUUGGAGUUGGGAUUAUGGGUUACAUGGGUAACAAGGGUUCUGUUUCUGUUAGUAUGUCUCUUUUUCAAACACAGCUUUGCUUUGUUUGUUCUCAUUUGACCUCUGGUCAAAAGGAUGGGGAUGAACAGAGGCGUAACUCUGAUGUGCAUGAGAUCAUGAAACGUACUUGUUUCUCAUCUGUGAUCGAUUUUGAUCAACCACAGACAAUUCCAGCUCAUGAUCAGAUAUUCUGGUUUGGGGAUUUGAAUUAUCGUCUCAAUAUGUUGGACGCAGAGGUGAGGAAGCUCGUGGCUGAGAAACAAUGGGAUGAACUUCUGAACAGUGAUCAGCUGAGCAAAGAACUUCGCAGAGGGCGUGUGUUUGAUGGAUGGAAAGAGGGGUCAUUAACGUUCCCACCGACUUACAAGUACGAAAUCAACUCGGACAGAUAUGCUGGUGAAAAUGCGAAAGAAGCGGAGAAGAAGAGAUCCCCAGCAUGGUGUGAUCGUAUACUAUGGCAAGGGAGAGGUAUAAAACAGCUUUCUUACGGGCGAGCAGAGAUAGGACUCUCAGAUCAUCGACCUGUCAGUUCAGUUUUCUUGGUUGAAGUUGAAGUUUUUGACCAUCGGAAGCUCCAAAGGGCUCUCAAUUUCAACACUGCAUCGAUCCAUCCUGAGAUUUUUAUUGAUGAAGGAGGAGAAUUAGAACUUUAGCAGAUAGCAGGACAUAUACUUGAAGCAUGGAAAUACAAGUUGUUUUUGACAGGUGAAGAUUUUUAGGUCAUAACAAGCAUGCAAAUUUCCAUAUGUUGAGGACAGUGGCAGAUACUUGACACAUGAUUUGUAAAGAUUUUUUUCAGUUCAAAUGGAAUUUAUAAUGAGAAUACAUAUAUAGCUUCAAGAGUGGUUUUUAAGAACUGUUCUUUCAUUGGAUAUGUAGCAAUAUAGGUAGCGUUGGGUAGAAUUUUUUAAAUAUGAUUUGAGAAUAAGAGUUGUAUUUUGAAUUUGUGAGUUUUGGAAUUAUGAUUUGAGUGUA